GGCACGUCUGUAUUCCUUAAAGAAAGGAAAAACCAUGAAAUGGUUACAUUGAUUCAUACGAAAACCCAUUUACCCUUCUUUCAUUUCACUCACUUCACUUCUUCUUCAAGCCAUCUUCAUGGCACCUUCAUUCAGGUUGACUUGGGAGCCCUGGGAAUCCGCUCCAUCUUCAUUAUUCUACUUCAUUACCGCUUCUCUCCCACAUGGAACCUCCGCUUCACACUAUCACCUUAAUUGCUCUUCCCUUUGCGUGUUCUUCAAAAAGUUUCAACUUUUACUUCGUCAGUUCCCUUUUUCCGCAACUGGGUAGUAAGUGCGGGUUCUCCAUUCCCCUGGAAAAUUUCCCACCUUUUUUUUUUCCAUGUGGACACUCGUCAUUUAGUUCAAGUUUGAAUCUUUUUGAAUGAUCUCACUGCGGACACUCUGCGUAUGGUAGUUAUCCUGUGCACAAGUGAGAACCCCACUUGUUUUCUUUUUUCUGGAGGUUUUGAAUUCCCCCUGUUUUUGCUGCUGUUUUCGUUUUGUAAUCAUUAUUUUUGUUGCUUUGGUGCCCAUUUAUUUGCUGAAUGGCCGCUUCCAUUUCAUCGUGGUCUUUUGUUCCAAACUGUGGUAGUGACUGUUUUAUUGGAAAUUGAGAAUUGCGUGGGGCAUCGCAUGGUUUAAGGUUGAAAUCCUUUUUUUAACUAUGAAAUGAAUUUGUGUUGGAAGAUGAAAUAGCUCUUCUAGUCGAUGAACUUCAUUGUAGAUUGUUUGUUGGUGGAAAUAUUUUCAGGUUAAUGAAAUGUCGUCUGAUUUUAAGUUAGACAUUAUUUAUCAGCAUGACCCUGAAGAACCAGGGUUAGGGGAGCGCAUGAUAUCGGAAAAAUUACUAGACGAAAGGACUAAUGCCAUGCACACAGUUCGCAAACAAGGAAACCUGUCAAUCAACAACUUUGCUACAAACGCAGAACGCAGAGCUUUGAAUGAUAGAUUUCUUCUGAAAGCAAAUAAGGCUACAAUCAGUGAUAAUGUCAGUCUUGAUGAAGAGGAAAAACAUCAUUUGCUUGGAUCAGCCAAGAAGUCUGGACCUCUUAUAUCUGGAGCAGCUUAUUGCAUUUCUUCUUGCUCCAUGAUAAUGUUGAACAAAAUUGUUCUAUCAGGUUAUAAUUUCAAUGCGGGAGUAUCGUUGAUGCUUUAUCAAAACUUUAUCAGUACUCUGGUUGUUGUUCUUUUGGCUCUCUCUGGUAGAGUUGCACUUGAAAAGCUUAGCUGGAGGCUGAUCAGGGUCUGGAUCCCUGUCAAUGUGGUCUUUAUUGGCAUGCUUGUCUCAGGCAUGUAUAGUUUGAAAUACAUAAAUGUUGCCAUGGUGACAAUUCUCAAGAACGUGACAAACAUCUUAACGGCAAUUGGAGAAUUAUAUUUAUUUCGGAAACGUCAGAAUCCCAAAGUUUGGACAGCAAUGUUUAUGAUGAUUAUCUCUGCUGUCAGUGCCGGUAUUACAGAUCUCUCCUUUGAUACAGUUGGUUAUGCCUGGCAGAUUAUCAACUGUGUUCUUACUGCAAGCUAUUCACUUACUCUUAGGUGGGUUAUGGAUGAAGCAAAAAAGUCAACAAAAUCUGGAUCUCUUAAAGAGGUGUCAAUGGUGUUGCUGAACAAUUUAUUGUCCUUACCUUUUGCCAUCAUCUUGAUUCUCCUUUUUGGAGAGUGGCAUUAUGUAAUACAUGCCGACGUCAUUAAGCUGCCGAUGUUUUGGGUGGUUGCAACAGCCAGUGGACUAAUUGGACUCUCCAUCAGCUUCACCUCAAUGUGGUUCUUGCAUCAAACUGGCCCGACAACUUAUAGUCUUGUAGGCUCCUUGAACAAGAUUCCAAUCUCUAUUGCUGGCAUUUUGGUGUUCAAAGUUCCUCUCAGUGUAUCAAAUUUAUUCAGCAUUUUGUUUGGUCUUUUUGCUGGUGUACUCUUUGCAAGAGCCAAGAUAUCUUGAUAACAUUAUACCUUACAAGUUACAAUAACCUAUAUAUGAAGUGUGUAAGAAUUAAUACAAUAUAGGAUAACUAUAUAGAUUUUUUAUUAAAACUUAUUGUAAUUCUUGAGAUAUUGUAUGGCCUGUUAAUUUCAGUAAAAGAUUUUGUAAUUUGUUCUUGAU